GAUUAAAAAAGAAAUGUGGGAACAUUGGGCUGUGGGAACAUAGGCAUGCUCCCGCAUUUCAGACACCUUCAAGAAACUAUUAUUGAGAUCUAAAUCAGCUUGUCCUCAUAAGUACUGUUGAUCAAAUAGCCACAGUAUUAAAAAUAACAGCUACUUUUCAUGUCCAACCACAACCUCGUUUGUCAGAACUUCCCCUCAGAUAUAAAGAAGACAGUAUUUUAGUCGUAUGUCACUCAACGAGGUCCGCCGGCUGGAGAGAUGUUGCUCUAUCUCCUCCUCCUCCUCGCUGCAAGCUUCGGUUUCAGCUUGAACGACAAUCCUACAUUUAAUGUGCUGCAGAACCCAACGGCUACUCUUCCCUGUCCUCAUAAGAAGGGGGAUGUAACAUGGAGCCGCUACAGAGAUGGUGACCUCGUGAUUCUGGUUACUAUCACAAAUGGCGAGGAGAAAACAUCUGACAAACGCUACAGUUCUCUGGCAGACAACUCCCUGGUAAUAAGAAAUGUUACAGCCUUAGAUACGGCAAUGUAUUUGUGUAAUAAAACAGAAGUAUUUCUGAAAGUGAUAACUCCUCCCAACGUGGGGGCUCAAAGAGCUCGAAAUGAACCAGUCACACAGAGAAACAACGGACUGGGUUUCUGCAUUGAACCAGACGCAGAGAACCAACAACCUUCAGACGUUUGGAAACUGGCUCUCAUUGUAGUUGUCACUGUAGUUGCCAGUGCCGUGUUGGUGCUUUUGGUGAUCUUAACUCUGAGAUUCUGCUUCAAAAACGGAACGGAGAGAAGCACUCGUAACAACAACUUGGACAAAACUGUAGCCGACGAGCCGCUUUAUGAGGAGAUGAAAGCCUACAAGGAGCUAAGCUGAAACGGAGAAGACGAAAAGGGAGUUUUUCCUCGCCACUGUCGCAGUAAAAUGCUUGCU